AAGUUUUACUUUACUUAUCUGCUGUGACCUUUAAUAACCACACACUGUGCUGUUAUCAUCUGAACACUGACUUCAUACUGUAUAUGCAUGUACUGUAUAUACCUGAUAUCUUGUGCUCAUAGGUACUUUUAGAGUUUUGUGGCAGUGUGUUCUAUGCCAGCUCAGAAAACCUGUUCACAUUUCACAACAUUUAAAAAAUACUUAAAAUUAAAAGGAAAAAAAAAAAUCUCCUGAAUUAGCUGGACCUUUGAAGGGAACACUAGUUCAGUGAGCUGACAUGAAGGCUUCUUUAGUUAAUCAUCCCACUAGUUGAAUAUUUUCAGUGGGAGUAAAUACAUUCUCACACAAAGGCAAGCACUUUGUGGAAAGUGCAUUUCAGAGGCCGGUAUUGCUGGGCAGCACUUGAUUGUUGUUAAUGUCAUAGCCAUUUGACAUAAUGAAUGAGUUGGACACACCUUCUCCCAGAAAAGCUGCUUGUCUUAUCUAGCUGGAGAGCUUGUAUGGCUGCACCUCUAAGUACAAAAACUACUCAGCAACUUCUUCUAGUUAACUGAAGCAGCCAAAGCACAGCUGCUCUAUCAAGAAAGGAAGCUGGAAAACGGAAGAUAACUUUGUAAGGUCUAAUUCUUCUUUAAGAUUAUGUCUGGAGUUUUGCCACCUCAUUCUAUGAACUGGAACUUCAUGGGAUAUUCAGCAUCAGUACACCAUACAGCAACUCCCCAUGUUUAUGGGGGUCUGGGAAGAAGUUUUCUAAUAGAUAACUUGUUGAGAGAUGUGGCACAACCGGCUCCAAAGUAUGUCCCAGUGGCCAACAACACUUCUUCAAUCCCUCUGUGUCCUGCAGCAGAACAAAUUAGCCCAUCAGGGGGUACACAUCCUACAUCUUGGGCUUUUCACCUCAGUAAACCAUCAGAUGGACUGCCUGCUCAUUAUCCACAUAUCGAGUCCCUCUACCACCAUAAUUCAGGUGUUUCCAAAUACUUUUUUCUGCAGUCCCUGCCCUUCUACCCGGCAUGCUGUGGUGGGUCCUGUCAGCAUUCUGCCUCCCCCACUGCUUUUUCAAGAAUUGAAAGCAAACUUUCUCUGUUACCAAAUGAUUCAAACAACAAGACGAGGCGUGUGAUUUUGAGACGUGCAGUUUUUUCAGAUGAUCAGAGGAAAGCACUUGAGAAGAUGUUCCAAAAGCAAAAGUACAUCAGCAAAACUGAUCGAAAGAAGCUUGCUGUUAAUCUUUCUCUGAAGGAAUCACAGGUUAAAAUCUGGUUCCAGAAUAGAAGAAUGAAAUGGAGAAAUUCCAAAGAAAAAGAAGUUCUUUCAAAUAGAUGUGUAAAUGAUGGACAUUUAGAAGAGAAAUCUCAAGCCGAUCGCAUGUGUUCAAGUGACAGUGAUUCGUCUCAAGUGCCACACAACAACAGGAACAAGAAGAAAAUAUCAAGCAAGGCAGUACAAUUAGCAGAACGACUCAAGCUUGAUUGCACAGAACAAUCUCUUAGAGACUUAAAGUGUCAUCAAGGCAAACUACACUGACAGGACUUGAAGUAUUUUUAAUGGAACAGUGUAUAUAUUGAAACAUACUUUAUCCUUAAAAAUACAACAUCAUUUCAAAGUGAAGAACAGUAAUACUUUUAGAAGUUUUCAACAAGUACAUUAAUGAUACAAUCCAGUCAAAGUUGAAAAUAAAGUUUUAUAAUGCUUAUAGGGAAAUGUGCUUACCAGUCCAAGGCUUUUGUUUGCAAUCCAGACAUUGUUUUGGUAUAUUGGGCCAUGCCAUUUCUCAAAAUAAUAUGGUUACCGGUAAUCUGGUGUUCUGGGAACAGCAAUGGUCGAGAUACCUCAAACUUUAGGCCCAAUGACAAUUAUGGCGAGCUCUUUACUAUUUCUCACAAAUAUAACGGACAUAUAAAAUGAUGUGACCAAUGGUAACGGAUCCAUUUUAAAAGCACAUUGGGGAAUUUUCUGGAAUCUUGAUUAAUAACAAAUUGGCAUGCAAUUUAUACUCAAUGGACAUUGUGAUUUAAAUAUACCUAUACCAUAAAAUGCAAAAAACAUAUUUUCACAAACAGCUUAAUAAUAUGUCCCACAUAGUUGUUGCACACUACCAUUAUAGCAUCCUUCAGUCAAAUACAUUUCCCAUCCUGAUAUCUUGCAAAUUGCUUAUGAUUUUCUGCUUCCUUAGUCACUUCUUGUUCUCCAGCCUGCUGAUUUGAUGAAGCAGCAGCACAUUAUUAAAGUCACCUGAAAGCAUGUUCACAGUGACAGGAAUUCCAUAAAGCACCACCGGCACUUUUCUGGCGGUAUGCCCCCUUUGAAAAGUUCUGUACCAGUUUAAAAAAUCCCUGCCACCAGUUUUAGUAUCUUUACCAACACAAGCAGCAGAUUCAGGUAGUUCCUAAUAGCACUAUUUUUACAAAGUGGUGGUAUGAAUGUAAUGCAUUCAAACAGUUUGUAUAUCUAGUUUGUAUAUAAUGAAACUGUAAAUAGUUAAAGUGGUUCUAAAGGCAGAAGGUUUUUACCUUAAUGCUUCUCUGCAUAAAGGUAAAAAACCUACUGUAUGCAGUUUUCCAUCCCCCAGCCGCCGUUUUACUUACCUGAGCCCGAUCACGAUCCAGCGAUGUCCCCAAGAGCACAGAGCAUGGCUCGAGAUUAAGCCCACACAAGUGCCAUCAUAGCAAGCGGGUCGCUAUGUGGUGCACUUGGGAGGGGGGAAGAGCAAGGAGUGCUGGUGGGGGACCUGAGAAGAGGAGGAUCAGGGCUGCUCUGUGCAAAACCAUUGCAUUGAACACGUAAGUAUAACAUGGUUGUUAUUUAAGAAAAAAAUAACUAUUUAGAUUUACAAUGACUUUAAGACUUGGUUUACAGACAAUGUGCCUGUCUGAAUGAACCCUUCAGCCUUAGUGCUUCUCCACAAAGAGUGAUCCAUACAUUAAGGUACCUCUUUCUAAGAGGUACAUGAAUCUGUUGCCUACACCAACAUUUGACACACAGAGGCACAGUGGAAAUGGAAAGUGUGCUAUAGAUACUCUUUAUGAAUUACCCUGAGUGUGUUUUGCACAAUGCAAUAAGAAUAACGACCCUUCUGCUCCCAGUCUGAAUCAUACUGUAUAAAUAAAGUAAAAUAAAGA